UACGUAAUGAUCAUAGAACAUGCAACUCAAUGAUAUAAUUAACUUAAUUAAUAUACUGAGCAGUCUAAAUUGGCGAUGCCACUGUUGUUGAAUCACAAAUAAUUUACUCUAGGAAAAGCUAAGAAGCACAACGAGUUAACUUUCUCCCCGAAGCAUUUAACAAUAAAAACGUUUCCCCUAUUAAAAACUACAGUGAUUUACUGUUACGGAAGCCAAUACUGUCCCGGUUAUCUGUCAGGCUUGGCCAAUCGUAAUUCAGCAGAGGGUACUCAUCGCAGGGGUGCAAAAGCGCCGCCCAAUGAAAAGUGAAGAACGGGAAAAACGUCGUCCAAUGAACAGAGAGCGUGAGAAAAAAGUUGGCAAAAUAUAGGAAAAUAAAGGGAUUUCGCGAAGAAAGAAAGAAAGAAAGAAAGAAAGAAAGAAAGAAAGAAAGAAAGAAAGAAAAUUUAUGUACUGGCCCUGCUCUUUGCUUCCUUGACUUCGUGAGCUUUUGGUCCCCGGACAGCUAACUGUAACUUGACCCGCUGGGAUCCCCGCAUUGUCGCAGCAUUUGUAUGCUAGGGUCCCACAGAUGGGCGCAGCACCGGGCUGGGAAGACGGAGAGCUGGAAUUCAAAUUGGUAUUUGAAGAAGAUCCGCCGGCCGUUCCAGGGUCGGGCGCUGGCAAUAGCAAUUGUGAGUCCGGGACAGAGAAGCGAAUAUCCGCGGACGAGACGCAUAGCCCAGAUGGCGACACCGAUGAAUGUCCCUCUCCAUCCUUUCAGGAGAUUUCACCUUCUACAAACCAGCCAAUGAGAACCCUACAUGCAAAAAUGGGAGGUAUGAACUGUGCAGCUAACCGUGCAGGGAUGCACUCACCUCCACCACGACCAGCUCUGGACAAGAACUUCAUCGGGACGUACGAAAGCCAGCCAGCAAGGUUUAUACAGCUAGGGGGCUCUCGAAUUCUGGAAUGUCCCAGCAUCCAAAUCACCACAAUAUCACCUGAAAACCAUUAUUCUGAGGAAAACGAACCAUACUCAGGCUGGGAGAGAAUGUCAAGAGAUCAUCUUUACCUUCCUCUUGAUCCAUUUGCAUAUCGAGAUGCUGGAUCCUUAAGCCCUAGUCCUGCCAGCAGCUUGUCAUCACGUAGCUGGAUUUCUGAAGCCUCCAGCUGUGAAUCUCUGCAACUACUAUGUGAUGAAGAUGAACUGAAUGAAGCUACAUCAAGGUUUUCGUUGGGAUCACCUAUUGCCUCACCCAGGCCUAGCUCUCCACGGCUGCUUUCUUACCUUCUCCCCACCUCCCCGAGUUCGAGGCCCACAUCUCCUGGAGGCAAACGUAGAUAUUCUAGCUACUCUGAAGGUUACUCCCCACUUCCUUCACCCUCAAUUUCAAGGAGAGGAAGUUUCUCUGAGGACCCCUUAUCUCCUGAUUCCCUAUCGGACUCGUCAACAGCCCCAGACUAUGGGUUUCCAAGAAUAUCUGGUGGAGUAGAAUCAGAUAAUAUACCACAAAAAACUAGGAAGACAUCCAUAGAUCAGUCUGCUAGGAAAGAAGAACCUGUCAUCUUUAACAGUAAUGGAUAUCAGCCCAUUGGACCAGCUGAUGAUGGAUUUCUCCAUAUCCGGAAAGAAAACAAUCAGAAUCACCACUCUGGGAUGGAUUACUUAUCUGUUCCGUCACCUCUUGUGUGGUCCAAGGCCAGGAUCAGUGGUCAUAGUCCAGUGUUUCGGAGUUCGGCGCUACCUCCGCUGGACUGGCCGUUGCCUUCACAAUUUGACCAGUAUGAACUGAGAAUUGAAGUCCAGCCUCGAUCCCAUCAUCGCGCCCAUUAUGAGACUGAGGGAAGUCGAGGGGCCGUUAAGGCAUCUCCUGGUGGGCACCCCAUUGUUAAGCUUUCAGGAUACAAUGAGAAGCCACUCUCCCUCCAGAUGUUCAUUGGCACAGCAGAUGAACGUAGCCUGCGCCCGCACGCCUUCUACCAAGUACAUCGCAUCACAGGCAAAAUGGUGGGCACUGCCAGUCAGGAAAUGGUUCUGGCAGGUACCAAGGUUCUGGAGAUACCACUGCACCCAGAAAAUGGCAUGGCAGCUAACAUCGACUGUGCUGGGAUUCUGAAGCUCCGCAACUCUGACAUAGAGCUACGCAAGGGUGAAACUGAUAUCGGUCGCAAGAACACAAGGGUGAAGCUCGUGUUCAGGGUCCACAUCCCCCAAGGAGGCGGAAAAGUGGUGUCUGUGCAGACUGCCUCCAUUCCCAUUGAGUGCUCUCAGCGCUCGGCCCAGGAGCUGCCAGUUGUGGAGUCCGGCAGCAUUACUUCCUGUUCGGUGGAAGGAGGAGAAGAGCUUGUGCUAACUGGUGCCAACUUCCUUCCGGAAUCAAAGAUCAUCUUUCUGGAGAAGGGGCCAGAUGGAAAGCUUCAAUGGGAGGAGGAAGCCGUGGUAAAUCGAGAGAAAAGCAGUGAGUCUAAGCUGUACGUUCAGAUCCCUGCUUAUUGUGACAGGAAUGCCAGGCGCCCAAUCCAGGUCUGCUUCUAUGUCUUCAAUGGAAAAAGAAAGAGAAGCCCAACCCAGUGCUUCAGAUAUCUUCCAGCAGUGUUUAAAGGAGAGACUUCACAAGAGAUCUCAAUGACAGGACUCCUGCACUCCCCUGUUCCAGAUUUUAAUGGCACCAGAGGAACACCACCUGUCCGACUGUUGGAUCCUGGAGGAUUUUUGAGCCAAAUACCCCCAUAUCCAUCCAAUUUCCAUAGCUUUCCAACAUCUUACAGAGGGCAGGAUGAUCAGCAAACCCAGGCUAGUUACCCUCUGACAAAUUUGGGGCAUUCACCUACACCGAUGGGAAACUUUUCCACAAAGAAGUGGCAGGAUUCAGGUGAUGCAUAUGCAGAAGGAACAGAACCAACAACAUUUGAGUCUCUGCCUGUUCCUUCCGGCUUUGAAACAGAUUCUGGGAUAGGUUUAAAUGAUUUACUGCUGCCUCAUUUGCAAAAACCAUCACCUUCUCCUACAUUUACAUGGUUAGACACACAUUACUCUUCCUCAUCACCAUCUCGAACCUCAUCAGAUCAUUUUAUCCAAGACUCAACAGCUUCUCAUGGCUCCCAACCAAUGCCAAAGUCUUACAGUGAUUCUUCAUUUCAACUAAACACAUCCAAAGAAGUAUAUGAAUCUGGGAACCAUACCUAUUCUGUAAGUGAACCAGAGCAGCCAAUGGACGAAGGGUCUCUGUAUCACACAAAUUCAAUCAAUCCUGUCCAUUUUUUGCACUCCUUAACAGAUUAUGCACCGAAACCUCAAGAUGUUUCAUCCAUCCAUCCUCUUCAUUCCCAAUCUAACCAAGAAGGACAUCUCCCUUCUUAUUCUCCAACAUCUUAUAACUACACCAACUCAGGAAUGAGGCUAGAAAUAGAUAAUUCUCCUUCUUCAUCAAACACAAAUACAGAAACACAAAUUGCUCCAAAUUCUACUCGGUCUUCAUUUCCAGAAAAAUUAGAGCCGGGCCAUUUUCUAUCCAAGGGUGCAUCGGCUAUUAGUGUCUGCAAUAGCAUGAAUCUGGACUCCAGUGCACCACACGAGGGCAUUGACCUCCCAGAAGAAGACCUGAAGACAGAUAUGGAAGGCUACCAUCUUCCUUUCCAAAACAUUCCAAUGCAAGGCAUAACUCUGGAGGAAGUCAAUGAAUUCAUAGGGGAAAACCUCAACUCAUUUCCUGAGACAAGCCUUGAAUCAAGAGAACUCUAAGCUACCUUAUUUAGCUACAUUUCUGGCAGCUUUUUCGUGAACAUUUGAACUAAAGAGGUGUGAACAGUAAUUAUUAACAAGUGUUAUCCUGCAAUAUUCCAUGUCUAACAAACAACGCAUUUUUCCUUGGCCAAUACAUCAGACUCUUAGUGGAAUCUUUCUUGCUAUCAGUUGCACAAGGUUCUCAGGAAUAGCUUUCAAAAUAUUUUGUUUUACCAUGUGACAAGUGAUGGAUUGGCACCCCAUCCAAAUUGGCUAUUUCCUUGUACCCAUGUUGGUGAGAAGAAUCUGAAUGGAAUUAAGUGGGUUAGACAAUGGAUGGAUGGAUAGAUUGUUUUUAUAGUAUAACCUAAGAUCUACUGGUAUGUCUUUAGUAGAAAGAAAAGUCAUCGUAGCAGAACUGACCUCUUACUAUUGGAUAUGUCUACAUAAUGAGUUUGAAUUCUGACCUGGUCUCCAUCUGUGUCAAUUUACACAUUUUUCUCUCCUGUAGCCUAAAGAUUUGCUGGUUAGGCUAAUUGGCGACUCCUAAUUGAUUGUUCUAGUGACUGUGCAUUGCAAUGGAUUGCCACUGGGUCUAAUGCUGCAAAUGAUCUAAAGUUAAACCCUACUUAUGUCCUGAUCUUAAGUCUGCACAUGCACGAUACAAUUGAUAUAUGCACAACUGAGACAAUUUGACCAUAAAACAAUUCUUGUAUUUUUUUAAUAUAUUUUUAACAAAUCUAAAAUUUUCUGAACAAAAAUAGCACUUUUUACAAACAAAAAAUAAAAGGGACAUUAUGCUUAAACAAUAUAAUGCACUUGUGAGACCACAUCUGGAGUACUUUGUACAGAUCUGGUCACCAUACUACAAGAAAGACAUAACAGCACUUGAAGCUGUGCAGAGGAGAACAAUUAGAUAUGCCCUGAACUUAAAAACAUGUCCUACUCGGACAGACUCGAAGACACUUAAACUGGUUUACUGUCAAGCAAAGGAGGCUAAAUCCUAAUCCAGGUUUUCAAACUUCUUAAAGGCAUUGACAAAGUAGAACCUUGCCAAAUUCUUUGAACUUUUCAGUGAAUACCAUUUGCAAGGACUCCAGCAAAAAUCAAGGGGAAGUGCAUUUAAGACAGAGCCAAGAAGCACUUCUUUAUUCGGAGUUAUGGGAAUCUGGAACAAACUACUAACACAUGUGUUUGAAGCAAAAACCUUGACAUUCUUUAAGUACUAUCUAGAUGAGAUACUGGGACAGCUUAGCUACUAGCUAAACAAAGAAGCCCAAUGGACUGAACAGAGAAAUGAAUAAUAAUUUAGCUUAACACGGUUCAGAAUUCCAGAGUACACAGGCUCCAGCCAUAAUUCUGUUCCAAUAAUCCAUUUUCCAAUUUGGUUAUCCAGUUGAACCAUUUCUUGAUGCUCUUGUAAUAAAAGCCUCACAUGCAAUUUCUCAAAAGAGAAUAGUGGCAUUCAGAAGCAGAGGUGUAAUUUACAUGAAAGCCAGCAUUAGCCAGACAUGCAAUUAUAAGGUCUGCAUGUAUGUUAUGCUUACAGUUGCCACAAGAGAGCCAUAUAUCAGGUUCACUCUAAAGUUCAACUUUAACUUCAAGUUAAUUGGCAUGUGCACACUAUACUAUCAAAUUCUUGCUUGCAUGUGUACCAAAAAGGAUUAUCUGAACUGCUACAUUUAAAGGUAAAAUGGCACUUAAAUGACACCCCAAGUACUACCAAUACCAAUAUCAAUAACCAGGAAGCUCUAAAGCUGGUUUGCUCCCCAUUAGAAAUCACUGCAGCACUCAAGGUCUUGUAAAACUGAAUCAAAAGCCUAUACUUUGAAUAGUCACUUUUGGAAAACUAGUAACAUCCUAUUAUUUUGAAUAUUUAUGUAUUUUAUAUCACUGUGUGUUAUAUACUCACUCACACAUACACACACACACACACAUUCAUAUACAAAAGUUCUCCACAUGUUUUAAAAUUGGACAGCGCAUAUUCCAGGCAGUAAGUAACCCAUAACAAAUUUUGUCAUUUUCAUCAACAAAAAAUAGCUAACAUAUAGAAACCAUGCAUGAAAAACUAAACACACCAUUAAUGCUUCCAUCACUUGAAAAUGUUAUUUGAGCCAUGUGCUAUUAAUUAUGAGACCCUGAUUAUUUGAUGAUCAAGGAGUGUUAACACCUCAAUAUAAAAACAGAACUUUGGCCAAAAUGCAAAACAAAUAAAGACACAGGAGCAUUUGAAGCUGUGCAGAGCCAAGUGCCUCCCCAGGACCUAAGGACAUGUACUAUUAUGAAUGGCUCAGAGAAUUAAAUCCAUUUAGUUUGAGUAGAAGUAACUGAUUGGGAACAUAUUCCAGGUCUUCAAAAUUCUCAAAGGGGUCAAUACAAUAAAGCAGAUCAAGCCACAUUCUUUUGACAAAAUAGUUAAUCAUUUAUAAGAAGGGCCCUUAAGACUAAAACCAGGAAGCAGUUUUUUUACUUAAAGAGAUGUACAUCUGGAACAAACCACCAAGUCAUUCAGCUGAAGUGGAAACCUUGUCAAACUUUAAAGAGCAUCUAAGAUGAGAUACUGGAACAGCUUAGCUAUUAGCUGAACAAUUUAGCUCGAUGGACUGAGAGGUCUCCUUUGAAUUGUCAAAUUUCUUAUGGCAGUUCAGUCUGCAACAUUCAGGUUUGGUGGAACUCCAUGCUAAGGAGAAAGACAUUGGCAGAUGUCUCAGUGAAGAAACUGUUAACAUUCAAUAGUCUGAGAGAAGUUAAAAAAAACUAGCAAACCAAGUCUUAAUUCUAUACUAAAAUGGUGUAUUAUGGCUUGCAAAUCAAGAACAAUCAAGAAAGCGGACAAUAUUCCUAGGAAUAAAGUUUGAAAAAAUUCACUCCAAGGAUCAGACAGCAUGAUAUUUUGAAACUGGAAAGAACCAAAAAGCCACUGUCAACAUGGAAAAGUUACAAUUUAUGACUUUACCAUUAGAAAACGUAUAGCUGUCAUAGCCAAAAAAAAGCAGCAAAAACUCUUACUCCACAUCAGAAUUAGCCAUAAGAUUUUGGAAUAAUGUCUUCUGGCCAGACAGAGGUAAAGCAGAGUUUCUUGGUUACCAUGAAGUUCACUGUGUUUGGCAAAAAAAAAGAAAGAAAAAAUGUGAAAAGGUAAUGAUAUGGAGUUGUUUUGUAGAGCCCCAGGGCCUGGGCACCCUAAUAUGAACUCCUUUUUAAAAUCUGAUUAUCGAGCUCAUCUGUCUGAUAACCAAAGCUUGGCCAGAAUCAUACUAUGGGACAGGACAAUAAUAGUGACCAUACCAGCAAAUCCACAACUGAAUAGCAGAAAAGGAAAACAAUUAGUUUUGGAAAGGUGAAGUCAAAGAGUAGGCCUCAACUUCAUUCAAAUGCUGUGGUGGAACCUUCAGAGAACUGUGCAUAAAUGAAUACCCUCAAAUGUUAAAGAAGUUGAAGAAGAAUUGAAAGGAGAAGUAGCACAAAAUUCUUCUAAUACAAUGCAAGAGUCAGAGAAACCCACACAGCAAACAAGUCAAUUGCUGAUAAAAUCAGUUCUACAAGGUACUAAACUGAGGCUUUACCUGCUUUUUCACACAAGCCUUCUGUAAUGUAACACUGGAUAGGACUCCAGUCUUUAUCAUGGUACCACCACAUCUUACAUGGCUAAUUUGGGAUAUUUGGUCAACCAAAGCUGCAUGUUUCAGGGAGGAAAAACAGAGGGUCCAGAGAAAAAUAAAUCAAUACAGACAGUAACAAGAUAAAAGGUGCAGCAUUCAACUUAAGACCACUAGUAAUAAUAAUAUGUAAUCACAAAUUCAAAUCUGCAGUGUGUUGUCUGUCACCUGAGGUUAGCUUUAUCAAAUUUGAGUACUAGUUCAGAAAGAAAUUUCUCUAAGUCACAUAAAGCUUCACAUUUUUUAACUUAUACCUACAAAUUUAUCCCAUUAUUACUUUAGAUAGCAGAAAUAAAUUACUAUCGUCCAUGUGAUUCCACAUACUGUAUGUUUCAUUAUAUUUUAGUUGGGGGGAUUAACAUUUGACAUACAUAUCCCCCAAUGUGUCCGUGUUCUAACUUGAAUAAGCCAGUGUAUGUUCACAGCUAAACUGGAGUCCUAGAAGGUUUGUCAGUUCAUUGCUAGACACAUUCAACUAUGCUUAUUUCAUGUACACCUUACCCGAGCCAACCCCGUUGUUUAAAUCAAGUCACACCAGCUUCAUGUGCUUUAUAAAAUAGUCAGUUUACCAUAUGCCACAUGCAAUCUUCAAGCAUUUUUGUUUAUUUUGUUAAACCUGCUUUGUCAAAUCCUUCAAUUUUCUCUCCCUCUUCCUUUCAUGUUAUAUAUGGUUCAUUCAUAAUACAGUACUUUUCUUAGAAAGACUGUGGUUUUAGCCUGCUUUUUACUGCCAAAGCAACCAAAUUUUCCACUUUAACAUUAUAUUUGUGCCUAGUGGCAUGAGAGCAUUCCCAUUUCUUGCAUGAUAAAACUGACUUGUUGACAUUUACCGAGGUCAUUUAAUGAGUAUUAGAUGAACUGUUGAAAGCAAAUGUGCAAAAAAUGUCAACAGGGUGGCUUUGUUUAUGAUUUACAUGUGAAUCAUAAGGAAAGCACAUUUACUUGUAACAUUUUAAAAUGUAGGUUGGUUUUGGCUGUAUUUGAUUUUAUCUUUUUUCCUAUUUUUCUAAGGAGAUCAAUUUACACAUUGUAAAUUUGCUGUUGACAGAAUAUGCGGAACAGUCAUAUGCAAAAACAUGUUUUCAAAAUCUGUUUAUGCUUUCAAGUCUGAGUAUUUAAGUAAUCUGUAAAAUAUAAAGAGGUCCUGAUUUUUGUAGUGCUUGGACAAAGUUGAAUUUUAUUAUAUUCAGGUUAAACUAAACAGUUCAUAAAAAAUAAAUAAAAAAUAAGUCUAGUAAAGCAUGAAGCAUUUUCAGGGUCUAAAUCCAUUUAUUUUAUUUUUAAAUUAUUAUUGUAAAAGGCUGGAAAAAAGUCUUUAGCAUACUUUUGAAACAUUGUUUGAAUUUAAAAAUGAAAUAUAAAUCUAAUUUUGAAUAAUAUAUCUAAAAAUUCAAAAUGACUCAUCAUUGAUUGGCCAGACAAAAAACUUGAAGGAUGUUUGGCUAUAGGUGGAUUAAGUUUUAAAACAAUUGACUUAAUGCAUACAGUUUGGACACUACUAAUACCAUUGACCAGCAUUAAAUUCAUAUUCUGGUUCAUGUUGUCUUUCUCCUAUAAGCAAAAACACUAAAGGGUUUAUUAACUACAGACUGAUCACAUCAAACAUAAACAUAUCUCUUUUUUCUUUUUUUAGUUGGGCUAUUGACAUUUGUCACAACACAAUUUUAAUUUACACUUGUUCUCAGUAAAACAAGCAAACAUAACACAUUCAAUAGUUUCACACAUUUCACAAAAAGCACAUCAACAUAAAGAGUCAUUGUCUAACCUGCUUAGUCCUGAACAGGUUCACAAGGGGUGCUGGACCCUAGCCCAGCUAGCAUUUGGAGGCAAGGCAGAAGCAAAACAUGGACAGGGCGACAUGACAAACAAAUAUACACCCCAACCACACACUAGGGCCAUUUGAUUACCACCAACUCAUCUAACCUGCAAGUCUUUGGAAUGUGAAAGGAAACCAGAGCACCCAGAGGAAACUCACACAGACACAGGGAGAACAUGCAACCUCCACACACAGAGGACCUGGAUGUGAACCCCAAUCUACAUACUGUGAGGCGGCAGCACUACCACUGCACCAGCGUGCCACCCAAAAUGCAAUAAAAUGACUCCGCAUUCCUCAUUAUUGCUUAUCAGGCAGGUUCCACAGUCACAUGUGACAGCUAAGUUUUGUGAAAGUCCAAAACCAAGUGACAUUGAAUAUCACCUACCAAAGCUACCCAACUGGUAGGACAAAUGGCACAGACAGCCAAAUCAACACUGCCCCUCAGUAGUCACUGAAUAGCAUAACUAAUCUAGACAUUUCUAGAAACACAUGAAUACCCAAAGGAGCAUUUGUCUUCAUCAAUUUCAUAUCAUGUUGUGUGUCUAUCUCUCACCUCUCUCCAGAGGUCUACAACAAGCUUUUUAUUAGAUGAAAUUAAGACCCAAACUGUAUUAUAUGUAGAGAUUCCUAAUUAGGUCAAGACACAUGGAAGUCUGAUUUUCUAUAACAACAGAUUUUAUUGUACUGUAUUUGAUUUUUCAUUGUGAAAAAUCACCUUUUCCUUUUGCAAAUAUAUGCUAACACAGCUCCUGAUUAAAGUCCAUAAGUGACGUUUAUUUGUGAACUGGCCCGUAUCAUGGAUAUUAGAACCCUGUCAACAUAGACUAAGCAUUCAUAGUUGGUAUAGGUUGCUUAUAAAGACCAGAAACCAAAUUAGCUGCCAAAGAUCACAACUACUGGAUCCCUGAAUCUUUGGAAAUAAGUUAAAAAAAAGAAAAUAGUUAUCAAAAAAGCAAAUGUUAAAAAUUGUAUGGGCAAUAAUGAAAAUGCACUGUACUCUAAGCUUAAAAUAUUAUAAUAUUUCUCAAAAAAGAAUACCUUUGCAUAAAGUUAGGAUUAUUUCUGUCUCAACGCUGUAUUCCAGUAGACAUACUCAGGCAACUGAUUUUUAUUCUGUGGUUCUAACUUCUUCUUCUUCUUCUUCUUCUUUCAGCUGCUCCCAUUAGGGGUUGUCACAGCUUCAUUGUCUUUAUCUUC